AUGUAUCGUUGCUUUCAUCAUUUCUCCACGUUGCCACUGGCGUUUGUACGACGGACUGCUACAAACAGUUACGUCAAUCGCCAUAUUGCACCAUCGGCGGCAGAAUCAAUUUCUAUGCCUCGAAUAAUUGGCAAGGAAAUUCUGUCGGACCGCAUGACUGCUGUGAUCCCAGAGAAUAUUUUGCGAAGU